AAUUGGCGUUAUCCCAUUGAUGAUAGGGGUAUAUAUUACUUAGUUUUACCCCUUUCACGCCACAAAUUCUAAUCAAAGUCAUCAUUUUGAAUUCCAAAUUCGCCAUACUUCACCUAUAUGCCGAGGUAAGGGAAAACAAAAAGGCCAGGUUUUUUGUUUUCUCUUAUCUUCAAUGGGUCUUGUUGAAUCCGUUCCUGAAAAAUCUGUACAUGAAUUUAUCGUCAAGGACUAUAGGGGAAAGGAUGUUGAUCUGAGUAUCUAUAAAGGAAAGGUUCUCCUCAUUGUCAAUGUUGCUUCCAAAUGUGGGUUCACCAAUAUACAAGUGCCCCAAUUAACCGAACUUUACAAGAAGUACAAAGAUCAAGGUUUUGAAGUAUUGGCAUUUCCGUGCAAUCAAUUUCUUUAUCAAUCUCCAGGAACAAGUGAACAACAAAGAAAGUUUGCUUGUGAGAGAUUCAAGGCUGAUUACCCGGUUUUUCGUAAGGCAUGCGUAAAUGGUCCUAAAACACUUCCUCUUUACAAAUUCCUCAAAGCAAGUAAAAUUAAUGGUGAGACCGAAUGGGCUAAUCGUGUCAAAUGGAACUUCACCAAAUUCCUUAUCGACGUAGAUGGAAAAGUUAUUUAUCGCCGCGGCUUAAAUACACCGCCUUUCAAGAUGGAGGAUCGUAUUGUAAAAGCAUUAGAAGAUAGAGCAGCCAGAACACAAACCAAGUACUAACGGCAAAGUUUGGGUCAUUCUUUCAAAGAAGAAGAUUGAAGCACUUAUUCUAUUAAUUGUAAUGGUUUUUAACUUAUGGACUACUUUAUAUCGUGAAUUCUUUACCAUAACAUGCCAAUUGUAAACAUAAUGUUAUUUCCUAAAUUUUAAAUGGGUGUGCUCACAGUAUCCAUACUUGUUACACAAACUCUUAAUUAAGGCCAGUGUACAAUAAAUAUUAUAAAAUAGAUGAUAACUAGUUCAAAUUGCUUAGAAGUUA